AUGGCUAAGGCUAAGACUGUUCGAGGACAAGUCUUUGAUAGCUUAGCAAAGAAAAAUCCGUGGCUUAUAUCACACUGGAAAGUUAAUUUUACGUGCAGUACACGCAGUAUUACAUCGCAAACAUCGGCCAACCAUGAAGUACUUUUCUCGCCAGGCAGACUGGCACUUAAUGGCGAUGAUUUAGUCGGGAAUGACAUAACGAUGAUAAUCAUUUUAUUGUUUAUUGGAGGGCGCUUACCAACAUAUGGUGCUUUUGGUGUAGGAGCGGUACUUGCGGUAAUUUACAUGACUAAUUGGGAAACGGUUGGACGCCGUAUACCUCUGUGGAAAUAUCACUUCGAACCGAUAGCUGCCGAGGAAAGCAAUUCCACUAAUGCUGCUCCGUGA